ACAAACCCUUGAGCACAAAAAAUGUUUAUGAAAUAAAAAAAGAAAAAAAAAGUAUUCUAGAAUGUUCCACGUGUGCUUCAUACUCACCAAACCCUCAACUCCUCCCUCGUAAACCCCACCCUUUUGGCCUUCCCACAUUUCUCCUUAUCUUCUCCUUCACCUCAAACUUUUUUCUCCCCCCCCAACUCCUUUCUUCCGCACCCACCACGAAUUCCCCGAAUUAGGGUUUUUGGAAUUUUGAGUUGAGUCGAAGGGCUAAACUUCUUAUGGCUUCCUCAACUGCUCAAAUCCAUGCCCUUGGAGCUACAACUCCUCAUUUCUCAUCCGCCACACAAACCCUCAACAAAUCAUCCCCCAAAAGUGUUUUCUUCGGCCAAUCUUUAAGCGCCCGGAACAGAACCUCUUUCGGGUUGAAGCUUAAGUAUGCCAGGAACAACAGCAGCAGGUACAGUACCGGGCCCUUGCGGGUUGUGGCGGAGAAAGUGGUGGGUAUUGACUUGGGGACCACCAAUUCUGCGGUGGCGGCUAUGGAAGGGGGUAAGCCUACUAUUGUGACUAAUGCCGAGGGACAGCGUACGACGCCGUCUGUGGUGGCGUAUACCAAGAACGGAGAUAGGCUCGUUGGUCAAAUUGCCAAGAGGCAGGCCGUUGUGAAUCCCGAGAAUACUUUCUUCUCGGUGAAGAGGUUUAUUGGGAGGAAAAUGAACGAGGUGGAUGAGGAGUCUAAGCAGGUUUCGUACCAUGUCGUGAGGGAUGAGAACGGUAAUGUUAAGCUUGAGUGUCCUGCUAUCGGAAAACAGUUUGCUGCUGAAGAAAUUUCUGCUCAGGUUUUGAGGAAGCUUGUAGAUGAUGCAUCCAAGUUUCUGAAUGACAAGGUUACUAAAGCCGUUGUUACGGUUCCAGCUUAUUUCAAUGAUUCUCAGAGGACUGCCACAAAGGAUGCCGGUCGAAUUGCUGGCUUAGAGGUUCUUCGUAUCAUUAAUGAACCUACUGCAGCAUCAUUGGCUUAUGGUUUUGAAAGGAAAAACAACGAAACCAUUUUAGUUUUUGACCUUGGUGGUGGUACAUUUGAUGUUUCAGUUCUUGAAGUUGGUGAUGGUGUGUUCGAAGUCCUUUCUACUUCUGGGGAUACUCACCUUGGUGGUGAUGACUUCGAUAAGAGAAUUGUGGAUUGGCUUGCUGAAAACUUUAAGAGGGAUGAGGGAAUAGAUCUUUUGAAGGACAAACAAGCUCUCCAGCGUCUCACUGAAACUGCUGAAAAGGCUAAAAUGGAAUUAUCGUCUUUGACACAGACAAACAUCAGUUUGCCUUUCAUUACAGCAACGGCAGAUGGUCCGAAACACAUAGAAACCACUCUUACCAGGGCCAAAUUUGAGGAACUUUGCUCAGAUUUGCUUGAUAGGCUCAAAACCCCAGUUCAGAAUUCCCUGAGGGAUGCGAAGCUCUCUUACAGCGACAUAGAUGAAGUGAUCCUUGUUGGUGGUUCUACACGUAUUCCUGCUGUUCAGGAAGUUGUCAAGAAAUUGACCGGCAAGGAUCCCAAUGUAACUGUCAAUCCUGAUGAAGUUGUUGCCCUGGGUGCUGCUGUGCAGGCUGGUGUUUUGGCCGGAGAUGUUAGUGACAUUGUUCUUUUGGAUGUUACGCCAUUGUCUUUGGGGUUGGAAACUCUUGGCGGUGUCAUGACAAAGAUUAUCACUAGGAAUACUACCCUUCCUACUUCCAAAUCGGAGGUUUUCUCCACAGCUGCUGAUGGACAGACCAGUGUGGAAAUCAAUGUCCUUCAAGGUGAAAGAGAGUUUGUAAAGGACAACAAAUCAUUAGGUAGCUUCCGCCUAGAUGGGAUACCGCCUGCCCCACGUGGAGUUCCUCAAAUUGAAGUUAAGUUUGACAUUGAUGCAAACGGUAUUCUUUCUGUCACUGCCAUCGAUAAAGGCAGUGGCAAGAAGCAGGAUAUCACCAUCACCGGUGCCAGCACAUUACCCAGUGAUGAGGUAUGCUUCCCACGUGAACAACUUACUGCCUUAAUUUAUUUACACAACUUUCUUUCAUGAUUGCUUGCUUGUAGUCUGCCUAAAUUAUUUGUGUUGCACUCCUAUUUUUGCAUCUGAUUUAAAAAGCUGCUUGAUGGGUUUCUGUAGUGUCAAUAGGGCUGUCUCUUCAGGGAAAUUUGAACUGCUUAAUGCUUAUAGGCGUAAAAUGAGCAUUUUGUCAUUGAUUGUUAAAUGUAUAUUAUUAGGUGGAGAGAAUGGUUCAAGAAGCUGAAAAGUUCUCCAAGGAAGAUAAGGAAAGGAGAGAUGCAAUAGACACAAAGAAUCAGGCAGAUUCUGUUGUUUAUCAGACAGAGAAGCAACUGAAGGAAUUUGGUGACAAGGUUCCUGCAGAGGUGAAAGAGCAGGUUGAGGCUAAAGUCACAGAACUUAAGGAUGCGAUCUCGGGUGGUUCUACCCAGGCCAUUAAAGAUGCUAUGGCUGCACUUAACCAGGAAGUAAUGAAACUUGGAAGUUCAGUCUAUGGCAAGCCUGGCGAGGCACCUGGUGCUGGUGCAGCACCAGGCACUGAUGCUGGGCCUUCAGGCCAGGCCACUGACAAGGGAACUGAUGGGGAUGUCAUCGAUGCUGAUUUCACUGAUAGCAAGUGAAAUGUAUGGUAAAAGAUAAAAAAUCCCACUUUUGCACCCCGUGCCGCUCUCCCCCACCUUUUGAAGCCUUGAAAACAUGUACAAAGUGAAUGGUGGUUGCUGUUAGGAUCUUUGGUGGAACUUGGGGGCUUGAGAAGGAAAUUGUACUAGUACAAAUUCCUAGAGGUUAUACAGAUCAGUUAGGGGGUCGAUUUUGACUGCGGAAUAUAUAGAUUGUGGACUAAAGAAUUUCUAAAUUUAUUUGUUAUAGGAUCUGAUUGUUUCGCCAUUUUAUUGAUGCUUGGCAUCUUUUAGGUUCACAUGUUUUUCUUGAGUGGUUUUGCCUUCAUGUAGCUUUUCCGUUGAUUAUAUGAAUAGGUUCGUGCAAAAUCAUGCAUUGAUUCAGUCCAUUGACAAGAAUUAUUUUGCAUUUACUCUUUACAAGGAGUCAGGCAAAGUUCUUUUACCAUGUACAAAUGCUAACAAAACUGUACUUCGCUUUUGACUUGCAAUUUGCAAUUUACGCAAAUGUUGUCACAAAACGUUUGUAGAUUAGCAUAUUGCACAUAAUAACGGAAUGAGCCAGUAUUUUGAAUCAAAGUGCUGAGCACUCAUGUACCAGUUAUCCCUAUUUGAGGAAGCAAAGCGUGACUCACUUAGCAAACAGUAGUUUGACUCAUUUUUCGGCUAGUCAUGUCAGCAGUCCCCUCCAACUGCACUAUCCCAGGGUUUACCCAACAUGUGGGUGUGGCCAUAGCGAGGACUAAGGGUUACCGGGCUGGGAGAUAAACUACUCCCUCUAUCAGCUCUUCUAUCAGAACUAGGACCAUAAUCAUCAGAGUGCAUACAUUUGGAGCAGCACCCACUGCCUCGACUGUGCCUAAGGCCGCCUGAUUGGUACUGAGACGGAACAUAGUCCAUCUGGUAUCUUGCACCUUCAGCUCGGCCAACUGAUCUAACAGAGAUGAGUCUUUCAGGUCCAGCACAUUUAUGUGGAUCAAUAGGUGGUUUGCUAGAGUAGUAGCCCUGAUGAGGAGGAUGCAUCGCGGUCUGGUAAUAAUUUGGAGGAUACAUUUGGUGACCACAUAGACUGCUUUGGUGGAGACCAGUAAGGUUGCACACACUUGGGGAGCUUUGAACUCUUUGCAUAUGGGUUCGGCUGUUGUGAAAGUUGCAAUGGAACAUGGCUUCAUGUGGUGUCGCAUCAGUGUUGUAGCUCUCUGGAGACCUAGGAGAAGAGCAAGCAGAGGAUAUCCCAAAUGAAGAAGGAUUAUGAAAGAUAUUGAGAGUUGGAUGAUUCUUCAAGGUUACAGUUGAGGACCGAAUGAUGCCAUUGAUGGCAUCAAUGUAGCGUUGCUCCACGGCAUGAGUUUCCACAUGGUUUUCAACCACAACCGCCUUUGCAGGGAACAAGAAUGAUCUAAGCCUGGGAGUUCCAGCGCUUUCAUACAGAUCAUGCUCAUUAAACAUGUGCCGCAAGUCUUCAUCGUUUUUCACAGAAACCAGGGCAUCAAGAUCCUCAGGAAUCAACUGAUAUUUGAGGACCAUCUCUUCGUCAAUUAAAUAUGUUAACUUCUUCAUAAGUUCUGAAAUGUUGAUCCAAUGCAUAAUUUGUCAAUAGAAAUUCGAAAUGCUUAAAAUAAAAAUUCAAAAAAAAAAAAAAACCUUUUCAAAUGCCAUGACCAGAGACUCAAAUGAUGGAAAUAGCAGAAUUCGCAAAGCCAAAUGCUAAAUUGUAUAGGCUAUAUGAUUUGAUUUUCACGAAAUUGGGAGAUCAUCUAUAAUGCCAAAUGAAUCAACAGCAAGAGCCAAUUGUCAGAUAACAAGAAAUGAGCAAUUUUCCCAUCCUUACGGCUUCUUCAAAUACAGCUUUUCUACAUAUGGCAUUGGUAUUUUGGUCCGAAAACAGAAAAGGCCAAUCUACCAAGAACCCUAAAUUUCUAAAAACUAAUGUGAUUAAAGAGAAAACCGAAAAAAUUAUGUGCAAUUAUCAUAACAUCCCAAAAGACACCACCAAGGAAACCUAAGGAAGGGAAAUUGCAGACCAGAAAAAAAAAAUGUAGCAUGACAUAAUGAUGAUGAAUGGAGAACCUGAAAAUUUGAUAUCUCUAGGGACGGAAAUGACGCGGGUCUCCCCGCCGACAUAUUUGAGCUGGCCGUCGACCGGCCGGGGAAGAAUUUUGCCGCCAUGGCUGCACAAAAACUUGACCCGAUUCCGGGGAGAACUUGGGGUAGACCCGGGUGCAGAAGAACUACAACUAUUGGAAUCCUCCACCAUGAUCAAACAACCUUCCGUCGACAUUUUCCCAAUCAAAAUCGGUAUUAACAAAUACAAGGCCGUAACCCACAAAAUCAUAUAUAUAUAAAAUAUACUCUCUAGAAAAAAAAAAACACUAUGAUAAAAUUGAUAAAACGGUAAUGACAAUAUCGCGUGAUAUUUGUACUUUUUGUACAAUGUAUAUACAGAAAAAGGGUACAAAAUGAUUUUUUUUUUUAAAAAAAAAAUUUUGAAUCUCUGGAUAUAGAAAUGAUAGAAUCAGGGAUUCUCCCCUUUUUAAGUAUUCUGCCUUCUAUAUAUAAAAUUACGUUAUAUAUAUAUAAUGUAUAUAAUAACAGAUAGAAAUUCUGAUGAAAGGAUCAGAAUCAGAUGAGGUUUGACGGAUAUUUGCCCUUUUUCUCCUUUUUUUUUUUUUUUU